CAGAUUAUAAUGACAAUUAACUACUGCUGUCUGUCUCAAAAUCCUUCAAAUUUUAAAAAUUUAAGUUUUAUAGAAUAUAUAGUGACUCAUUAGUAUUUUUAUAGUAACUAACAUAUUCUCAGAUUUAGAAAUGUAAUAUAGUUAUUUUAUACAAAAUGGCAUUAUACGAAGGCAUUGCUCUAAUUCAAGAAAAACAAGCGGUAGUCUUAGAUUUGGGAACAGACUAUACAAAAUUUGGUUUCACCGGAGAAGCUGCACCACGUUGUAUCAUUCCAUCUGAAUACUGGUGUACCUCUGAGAGGAAGUUCAAGAGAGUGUAUGACUACAAUAAUGAAGAGGAGCUUUAUGACAAUCUUGUGCACAUGCUGCAUUUACUGUACUUCAGGCAUGUAUUGGUCAAUCCGAAGGAAAGGAAAGUAGUCGUCGUGGAGUCCUUACUCUCUCCCACAUUGUUCCGGGAGACACUCGCUAAAGUACUCUUUCUUCAUUACGAGGUGUCGGGCGUCAUGUGGGCGGACAGCGCGCGUCUGUGCGCGCUCACGCUGGGCGCGCCCGUCGCGCUCGUCGUGUCGCUCGGCGCGCGGGACGCCGAAGUAGUCGCGGUCGUGCACGGCUGUCCCGUCCUGCAAGCGAUACAGACGCAGCCGCUCGGCGCCCGCGCCAUACACGACGAGCUGGCGCGACUACUCGACAGGGACAACGACACCGAGCUGCAUCUGCCCGAACACGUGCUCGAGGACAUCAAAGUGCGCGCCUGCUUCGUCCCUCCCCGCGCGCGCGCGCUGCAGCUGGCGGAGGGCGCGGGGGCCGCGGGGGGGGCGCCGGCCGCGCGCGCCGCGCACUACACGCGCGCGCAGUGCUCGCUCACCGUGAGCGGCGCGGCGCGCGAGCUGGCCGCCGAGCCGCUGUUCGCGCGCGACAACGAGCUGGCGUCGCUGCCCGACGCCGUGCUGCAGUGCAUCGCGCUGUGCCCCAUCGACGCGCGCCGCGAGCUCGCCGAGAACAUCCUCGUGACGGGCGGCUCGGCCGCGCUGCCCGGCCUUAAGGCGCGCCUCGCGCAGGAGCUGCGCCAUCUGGUCACUCUGCCGCCCUACAGGGAAUGCCUCCGCAUUUCGAAGUUCAAGUUCCACACGGCGCCCGCGCACGACAACUCGGUGGCGUGGGUGGGCGGCGCGUUGUGCGGCGCGGCGGACGGCGGCUCGCGCGCACUCGCCCGCGACGUGUACGCCCGCGAGCGGCGCCUCGCCGACUGGCCCAGCCUGCUGCACACCACGCCGCCCACGCACCCGCACUGGGAAGCGCUCGCGGAAGUCGAGUAGCGACACUCGCACGCACCCUUAUAUUUCAAUAAAUAGCGACAUGAAUGGGAAAUCUGUUAUAUUAAACAACUUUAAAAAUACAAGGCUUAUACUUAUUAAAAUAAAUAAAUUAUUUACACUGA